GAGAUCUGAUUGACAUCGCGUUCUCUUGCAUUGCGAAGCAAUCUCUCCGCCAUGACAUUUGAAUCAUCCCAUACGACCAACGCGGAAAACUUUGCACAGCUGCCCCCUCAAAAAAGUCAACACCAGGCAUCGCGCUCGUACUCCACUCGCUCCCGCCAGCCUCCUGUCGUCCCUACUUCAAGCGGGCAGCCUUUGCAACGAGCUGCUUCGACUUCGACUUCGAUAACCAGCCGCCACCAGCGUCAUCCCAGCUCACAAUCUCACUCUCGACAACCUUCAGCAACGCGCCCAAUUCAAGACGUCCUUGCUCACCAUGAGUAUGAUCGGGAAACAACAAACGUAGCCACAUAUUCCAUGCGGAGCUCAGCCAGAGACAAGGAUAGAGACAGAGACAGCGAGCAGACGCCUUCUGCCCCUCGAGGAGAUCAUACCCGCCCUCAGCGCCGAAGCAGCACCAAAUCCACAACCAACAAUCGCCGUCAGAUGCAGCACGAGAUGGCUGCCAAUAGUACUGUCGCUAACUCAGGUGGCCCCACGCCUGUCUCUGACUCCAGAGGGCCUAGUUCCUCGACUACAAAGCAAGGACGAGGUCGAACAACCAUCCCGACAUCAUCAGGCAAAUGGAUCUUAGGUAAAACCAUUGGGGCCGGCAGCAUGGGCAAAGUCAAGUUGGCUCGCAAGGAAGAUGGCCCUGAACAGGUGCGCCCGCUGAAACUCACUCCGCUAUCCCUAGUGUUCACGAGAAUCAGAAGGAUACUAAUGAUGGUGAACAUGCAGGUAGCUUGCAAGAUCAUUCCUCGUGGAUCAACGGAAGACGGCCACCACAGCCGUGCAGACAAAGAACGCGCAGACCAAUCGAAAGAGAUCCGUACAGCCAGAGAAGCGGCCAUUGUCACCCUACUGAACCACCCACAUGUCUGUGGCAUGCGUGACGUAGUUCGAACCAACUACCACUGGUACAUGCUCUUCGAGUACGUCAACGGUGGCCAGAUGCUCGACUACAUCAUAUCCCAUGGCAAGCUCAAAGAAAAGCAAGCACGCAAGUUCAGUCGGCAAAUCGCCAGUGCCCUCGAUUAUUGCCAUCGGAACAGCAUCGUCCACCGUGACCUCAAAAUCGAGAACAUUUUGAUAAGCAAGAAUGGUGACAUCAAGAUUAUCGACUUCGGCCUGAGUAACUUGUUUGCACCCAGGGGCCACCUCAAGACAUUUUGUGGCAGCCUGUACUUCGCCGCCCCAGAGCUACUUCAGGCUCGGGCUUAUACCGGCCCCGAGGUGGACGUCUGGAGUUUCGGUAUUGUCCUUUACGUCCUGCGGGCGGCUAUGCCUGAAGUCAUGAGCCACCCCUGGAUGCUCAAAGAGCCCGAGGUCAUCACUGCAAUGACGGGAUUCAACUUUGGGUCGCCCGACAACAUCAAGGCUCAGCUCACCCGGACCAUUGAGUCUGAGGAAUAUCAGCGAGCAGUACGGACAUACCAGCGAGAGAAGGAGCUUCCCCAGCCUACAAGGGACGUAGAGAAGAGGCGGGGGUUCGGUUUCGAUUUCUACAAACGGCGCAACUCAGGCACAAGUCGGGACACGCUCACUGCCCCAAGCUCUGAGGGUCUGCAGCUAGGCAGUGACCCCCUCAAUGCAUUUAGCCCACUGGUAUCGAUUUACUACCUGGUACGAGAAAAACAAGAGCGCGAUCGUAUCGAGCUCCACCCUGGGCAGGUCAGCCAGCCAGCGCAAACACCCCUCCAACAGAAGGAGGGUAAGGACAAAGAGUCUGCAAAAGACCACAACCCGCCGCAAAUAACACCGCCUCAAGCAGCCCACACUAAUACGGCUGCAUACGAAAUGCCUGGCGAGAGGGCGACUGGUGGGCGGUCCCGCCCUCGCGCACGAACGCAUGGGGAAGACGACGAACCGGAAGCCUUGGUACGCGCACAACUGUCCCCAGCCAUUGCUCAGCCUAGUGAACCGUACUCUGAUGGACCGCCCAAGAAGGAGAGCACAGCGGCAGGCAUUUUGAGACGGUUCAGCACUCGCAGACGUCGGGAACCAGAGCGGCUGGACAAAGACCGGUCGCAUCCUCCUGUUGUUCAAGUCCGCUCGCCUUCAGAGGCGCCAUCAGCCCCUCGCAAGAGCUUCAGCAUACGAAGGAGUCGGAGGGAUCACGAUGAACCCAGCGACUCUGGUCUCCGCUCUGAUGACAGCCAGCCACAGCACAAAGACCUCCUCAGUCCUCCGCCUUCCGCUGGAGGGCAUUUCGGCUCCCGACGCAAAGGCUUGGGUAGAUCGACUAGCGUUAACUCGGCUGAUCUCCGACGCCGUGACUCAAGUCGCGGCUCAAAGGAACCGCCACCUACUAGCGGAUCAGACAGAUCUGCUACUGACGAUAAACCGCGGUCGGAGCAAAGAUUUGUCGGGCAGUCGCGAUCCAUAUCUUUGAGGGCGAAAUCGUUGGGCCAUGCCAGGCGCGAGAGCAUCCAACAGCGGCGUCUUCGAAGGGAAGAGGCCCGUGAAGCAAAUGUUCCGGAGGAGACAGAUCAGGAGGCUGGGGACCACAGCGGUGUGUCCACUGAGAGGCUGGACAGCUCUGACCUUGCCAAGCCAGUGUUUCUCAAAGGUCUUUUCAGCGUGUCGACAACAUCGGGCAAGUCUGUUCCUGAGAUCCGUACCGACAUCAGAAGGGUCCUGAGGGGACUUGGCGUGGACUAUACUGAGAUUAAGGGCGGCUUUGCGUGUCGACACACUCCAAGCAUUGAUCUUAAGAAGGUGCAGGACCCCCCAGGUAGUCCUGCCGCACAUACGCCAGGUCAUCGAAGGCGAUUCAGUUUCGGCGGCAUGAUCGCGAGUGCCGAUCGAGAGCGCGAUGAUUCUCGAGAUGCGCCGGCCACACCCAGGACUGCUGGCAGAGCCGGUGAUCACAGCUAUUCAAACUCUGACGUUUCUGAGGACAGCGUGUCCAGAGAGCUUCCUAGCUCGUCUAGACGGGCUCCCGGCGAGACAAGCACACAAGUACAGAGUGAUCUCGGAGGUGACAUGGUCCUUGAGUUCGAGAUCUUCAUCGUCAAAGUCCCCCUUCUGUCGCUCCACGGCAUACAAUUCAAGCGUCUGGUCGGCAAUACCUGGCAAUACAAAAACAUGGCAGACCAGAUACUGAGAGAGCUCCGUCUCUAG